UCUCUCUCCUCACAAAAAACCCACAAAGAUAGGAUGUGUUUGAAUGACUUUUAAGCAUUCUGGGACUUUGUAAUUUAGAUCAAACAGGUGUUUACUCGGGUAAUUGGCUCGCGCUGCAAGUGUGCCACCUGUCCAAACCAAAUUGAAACCCCACGAAGCCUCACUAAGCCAUGGUCACGUGACAUGGGCGUUUUGAACCACACUUCGAAACACUGUUCGAAACACUUGCGUUUCGGAAGCUCGACACUGUUUCGAAACGUCAGCUUCGAGCGUCACAUCCCUACAAUUGAGGCCCCACCCACAUUUUACCUCAUUCUUCCUGGUACAUUUCAAUUCCUCCAGGCACUAUGUCUUCACCGUUUUGAACUUUUCCAAACUUGCCAUAUACAUCGGUGACAUGUUGCCUGUGCAAUUUACAUUUGAACUUGUACAGCAUGGUGAACAACAAAUAGAUGUUGAGAGACAGACACAUCCUAUCAUAAAGUGCAUUUUUGAUAAUAACUUGAAUAAGUUAAACAAGCUGCUCAAGAAAUAUGACAUUAACAUUAAGUAUCCUUGUGCAGAAUGGAAUGAUGAUGUCACCCCUAUCUGCACAGCAGUUGGCUGUGGAAAUGAAGAGCUCUGUACAAAACUUCUCAAAGAGGGGGCCAACCUUAGCAUCCCCUCAACUAGAGGCUUAACACCUUUGAUAUAUGCUCUGCGUUCUAAUGUGUCAAUUAAUAUAUUUAGACAACUAUUAAAUGGAAAAGCUGAUCCUAAUUUUGGAUUACCCACUCCACUAACACAAGCUGCGUGUAACAACAGAAAGGAUGUAGCAAGGGAAUUGCUCAAGCAUGGAGCUAUGCCUGAUUCGAAUUACAUACUAAAUCCAAACACAGAUACAUUUAUAUCUGACUUGUUACAUGAGUUAUCUGCAGGGAAUGAGCAAAUGUCUAAAUAUGCAUACUUUUUUGACAUUAUGUGCGAUUCGUCAAAGAAGCGCCCUGAGGAAAUAUUUCAAUUGUACCACCAGCAUUUUUUAGAUGUACACCCAAGAAUACAAGUUACCCUUUUUGAUAAGGUAUUCACUGCUGUAGGUCCCCAUGCUCCAGUAUACAGACAAUUGGGGCUAAAAUGGCUAAGAGAAUCUCAAAACUUGGACAGAUAUGUAGAGGAGGCAAUUAAAAACUUUUCAAAGCUUCCCGAUACAGGCCAUCAGCAACUCGUUGCAAACAAUUUACGUUCAGCUUUAUGCAUCAUGGAAGAAAUACCACUGAAGUUUUCACGUCCCCUUGUGCCCAUCCUUCUGCAAUGUCUUACAAAUGCUGAAUCUCCUCACCACAUUCUUUUAUUGCUACAUAUCAUCACACGAAAGACCCCCAAACAGAAAGAUGGAUGGGAUGCCCACUUUAUCACAAAGAUGUGCAAAGGCAUAGUCACUUUUACAAAUACAAAGUACCCAGCUGAAACCUGUGCAGAAGCGUAUGGAAUAAUAGCCCAGUUAUAUUCUUAUGGGGGUGCACCUGAGGUCAUCACAUCCCUUGGUGUUACAUCAGUUCCUGAGAGGGUUUUGAAUACUGUGGAUAGCUCUACAAAUGACCAUUUGAAAAAGAAAUUGAGAGAACUGAAUGAAAGCCUGAGAAAGCAAUCUUCAGAUGGGCAAUUGUUAGAUCAGGACAUGUCUUCUCUGGAACCGGGAAAAAGAAAGAAAAAGAAGAAAAAAAAGAAGAACAAACAUAAAAAUGAAGAGGUGGCUCGUUCGAUAACCGAAACUUUAGAUUCUAAGACGCUAGGGAAUUCAGUUGAAGAAUCGUUCUCUGUUGAUGAAAGUUCAAGUGUUAAGCCAUUUCCUUCUGUUACUGAUACUUCCAUUGACACAAUAUCAAUUACCCGACCUUGGCUCAAAAUCAGUGUACGCUGGAGGCUAAAGUUGGAAAAGCUUGCUAAUAUGAGAAUGACCGAGGUGAAGAAAGUCGGAAAUCUCACUUUUUGUGUAAAUUCGGACUAUCUGAUUGCAAAAGGUAGUGAUGGCACUGAGGUAUUUCUGGGCCUCAGAGAUGAUGGCACGGAAGUUGCUAUUAAACGCAUGACCAAGUCAAACUACCGUCUGCUUAAAAAUGAGGAGGCGUUCUUGCGCCUGCCACAGCUUGACAGUCCCAAUAUUGUACGAUAUGUAGACUUUGCUGAUGAUGAUAACUUUGGCUAUCUAGCCCUUCAGCUUUGUGAAUACACCCUGGAAGAAUACAUUCAAGAUCGCUUACCAGAGGAGAGCUUGGAGAAGAAGAUUGUUCUGAAGACAAAAGUGGAGGAAGUCCUUCGUAGUUUAGAAGUCCUCCAUUGUCAUGACACCAAAGUGCUCCACAGGGACAUCAAACCUCAGAAUGUUUUGAUUGACAUUCAAGGAAAAGCAAGGUUGGCUGAUUUUGGCAUCAGCAGAAGACUGAAUGUUGGACAAACAACGUUGGUCACAAAGUCUGCUGCAGGAACCAAAUGCUGGAAGUCCAGAGAAGUUGUUGAUGAGGACAGUGACGCAGGCUUUAAGAGAAGCUCGGAUGUUCAGGUUGCAGGAAUGCUGGUAUACUACAUCCUCUCCUGUGGACACCAUCCUUUUGGGAAAGGGCCUUACUGUGAGAUUAACAUUCUAUAUGGGCAGUACAAUCUGGAUUUGGUGGAAGAUGAGCUGGCUAAAGAUCUCAUUGAGUCGAUGAUCCAGGCUGAACCCGACGUCAGACCGAGAGUGGAAGAAACACUCACUCACCCCUACUUCUGGAACAAUGAGAGGAAGGUGGAGUACUUGAUAAAAGUGGGGAAUCAGCCAGAAGUAGAGAACUUUCGAAAAGCUGACACAAAGCUCCUGGCGGAACUGGAGAAAUGGACAGUGGAUAAAACCUUCUCUGACUGGAAGACCAAAUUCCCCCCUGAGCUGGUCCAAAAGCUGGAGGAGAAGCAGAAGAAAGCUUACCCUGAGAACACUCUGGCUCUGCUGCGUUUCAUACGCAAUCUCCACGAACACCACUCUGUUGAUGCAGACCAGAUUGAGCUGAUGACAUUGUUUCCUGACCUGUUCUCAAGUGUCUACAAGUUUGCCAAAGUUAAAGAUUGGAAAUCAAGACCAAGCCUGAGGAAAUUCUUUAAGGAAUAACUUACUGCAAUUGUCCUUCCAUCUUUUUCUAUCUUCCUGUCAGUAGAGAUGGUUUUGAUUCUAAAUUGUAUAUCUUAAAGUGUAUAUCUUGCAAAUUUAUUUUAACAGAUAUGAACGUCCACACUGACCCACGAUUAGGAAAGUCUCUCAGGAAUAUUGAUGUUCAUGAUUGAUGGGUGUCGUCAAUCCUCUUUAUAGAGCGCUACUUUCUGUCCUUAUUGGGGGCCAAGCAGCGAAGCUGC